UGAAAUCUUCAUUUUUCACCUCAGUCUACUCCUUUGUGAUCAGUCAAGAUGAGUCAUCUUCCGGCACAUUUGGACAACUUACCAUGCUCCAUUAAGGAGUUCUUCACGCCCGAGGAGUAUUUGAAAAUUCCACAAUAUGAAAGGAUCCAUUUGACGAACAUGAGACAAAACUUUGAAGCUUUACGAAAGUACGGUCUUCCUGUUCAGCCCCCAGAAUUCAUGGUACGGCUCAAGUCCCAGAGGCAAAAGCUGGCAUUGAUGGUGCCAGUUGACGACUUUUCUUCAGAAGGCUCAGACUCCGAGUGGACACCAGCUGCAGAGAUGCCCAAACUGCCUACCAAGCGAAAGAGUAAACCGUUUUUCCCUCUCCGACCGAUGUUCUCUGAACCAAGUGCUCAAAAGAAAAAGAAGCAGACGUCUUCUGUCCCAAAGAAAAAGAGGAGACCCUCAGUUCCUCCAAUGGAUCAAUCAGAGGAUGACAGCAGUUCUGAGUCUCACGUGUAUCCCUUGAGGAAGAAGAGGAUGACUUGCUACAUGGCCCUAGCCAUACCUGAUGACGAUGAUUUUCUUUACUGUGAGGAAUGCAACUUUGAGUAUGAUGGAGACUGCCCCGAGCACGGACCCUUGCUGAUUGUGGCUGAUGCUCAGGUGCCUGAGGGCAUUAAUAAAGGGACACAUUCCCAGUAUUCUUCCAAGACUUUACCUGAGGGACUUAUCAUAAAGAGGUCAACAAUUCCUGGAGCUGGCCUUGGUGUUUUCGCUGUCAAAGAUUUCCCAUCAAGGACAAGAUUUGGUCCUUACGGAGGGAAGAAAGUGAAGGAUGAAGCAACUGCACACCUGUCGGGAUAUUGUUGGCAAGUGACAGAAGUGCAUUUACUUUUGUUACAUGAUAUUAAUGUAUCAUAUAUUUUCUCACAGAUAUUCGAAGAUGAAAAACCGUCCCAUUUUGUAGACGCCAGUGACCCUGCCUGUUCCAACUGGAUGCGAUUUGUGAACUGUGCCAGAUCGGAGGAGGAGCAGUGUGUGACUGCGUACCAGUACAAGGGAGAGAUUUAUUACCGCUCUCACAGGCCCAUCCCUGCUGGCACAGAAAUACUGGUUUACUACGGUGACAGCUAUGCCCGAGACCUAGGCAUUCAAGUCCAGAAAGUUGGCAGACUGGUCAGGGCUCAAACUGAGCCGAAAGAAUUCAUUCGAGGCCCCCUCGGGGAAGCUGACGGUGUGUUCUCUUGCCGCUACUGUCCACUGGCCUUCAGUCAUCGGGAUAUGCGAGAAAAUCACACUCGGAAAAGGCAUAGACACUUGACACAUUUCCGUUUCGAGAUAGAACAAAAUGUUCAUCUAAGAAAAAUGAAUGAGCUUCGUGAAGCAACCUCUGGGGAUACCUGCGCUGGUGGGAAGGACAAUAGUUUCUAUCAUAAUGAAACUGAUGAUAAGCAAAUGUGUUUGGAAAGGCCACGUUGUGGAUCUGACGUGGAUUCUGGGAAAUGUGACUCGGUUGUUGAGCAAAAAGGUAUUGUUUGUGUGGAGACAUCAAAUGCAUGUAAAAUUAUUUUUAGUAAAGCACAGGAGAUGCCUGAAGGCGAAAACUGUCAUCAAAACCCGACGGCCAGGUCUGGAGUGGGUUGUGAAAAUGGACAGUUGGAGAAAUGUAGUUCCAAAGUCAAAACCUCAUGUACUCUGCCUAUAGUAGGUUCAUUCAACUGUUUGGAGCCUGCACGCACAGGGUCAGAGGAACAAGCAUACAGUGGAGAAGUUGAGGUUCGUCAUCCUCAGGUAACUAGCCCCAUGGAUCUGGAAAAGAGACUCAAGGGAGAUAGGUCAUACAGGUGUGAGGUUUGUGGUGCUGGGUUUACACAGAGUAGAGACCUACAGAAGCACAAAAGAACACACACGGGAGAAAAGCCUUACAGUUGUGAAGUUUGUGGUGCAGGGUUUACACAGUAUGGCAACCUACAGAGUCACAAAAGAACACACACGGGAGAAAAGCCUUACAAGUGUGAAGUUUGUGGUGCAAGGUUUGCACAGUAUGGCAACCUACAGAGUCACAAAAGAACACACACGGGAGAAAAGCCUUACAAGUGUGAAGUUUGUGGUGCAGGGUUUGCACGGAGUGGCGACCUACAGAGUCACAAAAGAACACACACGGGAGAAAAGCCUUAUAAGUGUGAAGUUUGUGGUGCAGGGUUUGCACACAGUGGCCACCUACAGAGUCACAAAAGAACACACACGGGAGAAAGGCCUUACAAGUGUGAAGUUUGUGGUGCAGGGUUUGCACACAGUGGCCACCUACAGCGUCACAAAAGAACACACACGGGAGAAAAGCCUUACAAGUGUGAAGUUUGUGGUGCAGGGUUUACACAGUAUGGCAACCUACAGAGUCACAAAAGAACACACACGGGAGAAAAGCCUUACAAGUGUGAAGUUUGUGGUGCAGGGUUUACACAGUAUGGCAACCUACAGAGUCACAAAAGAACACACACGGGAGAAAAGCCUUAUAAGUGUGAAGUUUGUGGUGCAGGGUUUGCACACAGUGGCCACCUACAGAGUCACAAAAGAACACACACGGGAGAAAGGCCUUACAAGUGUGAAGUUUGUGGUGCAGGGUUUGCACACAGUGGCCACCUACAGCGUCACAAAAGAACACACACGGGAGAAAAGCCUUACAAGUGUGAAGUUUGUGGUGCAGGGUUUACACAGUAUGGCAACCUACAGAGUCACAAAAGAACACACACGGGAGAAAAGCCUUACAAGUGUGAAGUUUGUGGUGCAAGGUUUGCAUGGAGCAACCUGCUAAAGAGGCACAAAUGUACACACAGAGCAAAAGCCCUCAUGAUUAAAGCAUAAUUUCUUGUUGUCUUUGUUUUUGCUUGGUUUGCAAAUGUGUAAUACAAGCUUUUACAGAAGCUAGAUUUUAUUUAAUGACAAAAUUAGCUGCUUUAGAAGCAAGUAGUCAACAAACAGCUUGUGUCUAUUUUGACUUUUCCCCUCUGGCAAUGUUAUGUUCCUGACCUUGACCAGUAUGGUAGAUAGGUGAAAUUUCCGUUUGUUUAGUGUGGGGAAAAGUCUAUAGAUCUAGUUCUACAUUACAUUGUUGUAUAUAAAGCACAUUGUUGUUGGUUUGUUUUGGUUAGUGUUUUUACGGCACUGGCAACUGCAUAAGGUCAUAU